GGAAGCCUGCUUGUCCUUGACAGCUCAGGCUAUUUGAGUCCUCGUGGUAACAUCGAACAGCGAGAACCCAUGGUCUUCUGAGGCACCACACUGUCGACUCUCUGCUCCCUGUAGCCAACUACUGCCCAAAGCAUCAUGACGACCUCCUCAGGACGCAAAGGCUUCUGCGCACGAUGCGGCCAUCCCAUGAAUGGGCAUACCGCUGCAAGGGAAGCCAAAUGCAAAAAAUGCAAAAAAGUGUUCGAUAUUUGCCAGGUAAAUUACCACGGCCUUGGUGGGUAUGAUCCAGAAGGCUGGAGGAUCUGUUACAAGCCGUGUUACUGCGGGGUGAAGUACUACCCAGACAAAGCCCAUUCUGCAAGACCACUGGAGCCUCAUGAGUACAAGCCAGAUCAUCCUGGCUUUCGGCCACUGGAGACAGGGGAGGCAGACAGCACGCUGGACUACAGCAUGACGACGGACUACACAACAGCAGAGCACGGAACGGCAGACUACGGGACGGCGGCAGACUACACCACCACAGAUUAUCCAGUGGGAAGCUCCUAUACCUCGGCAGCCUACAUCGCGGGCACCUACACGACCAGCGCAAACAGCUUGGUCGACGGCGAUCCGGCUACCACCGGGCCUUCUUUGAACGAUGAGAGCCUUUGGAAUCCACCGCAGAGCAAGGCCUGGCAACCUCGCCAACCAGUCCAGGAUUCUAAAGACCCCAUCUCUACCUCUGACACGGCAGCAAGCCCCAACGCGGCGCCAGUGAGACAGAAAAAGGCUCGCCAUGUCCGCUUCGGCUCAGAAGGGUCCGACGAUUCACUCACGAUAGCCGAGCCGCAACUGCGGGCUGUUUCUGAUCUUGCGGAUAUGUUUGCUCAAAUCAAAAUUCGAGAUGACACGGCGUCUGGCAGGUCCUCAGUCCAACAACCUGGUGCCGAUGAUGCCGAAGCCGUUGGUGAACCCAUUUUCGUUGUUACCGAGGUCAAGAAAGGGACCAUCCGUUUUGAAUACCCCAAAGGCCACAAGUUCAAGACCAAUCCCAACGAGUGGCAGGAGGUGACAACGGAAUAUGGUUCAUACGCCUUGUUCACUAGCCCCUCUGGGCAGCAGUUCUACACGACAGAAUUCGGGGCACUUGCACCCACCGAGGGCCAUGCUUCCGGAAGCAAAGGGGCCCAAGGCAAAGCGGAAAAGAAGGGCAAAGAAGCGGCCAAGGGCAAAGGAGAAGAGAAAAAGGAGAAGGAGAAGCCGAGGAAGAAGUAAGGGGUUGGAUGCGGAGCGGAGGGUUAUGCGACAAAAUGCAGGGAACAUGGUUUAGAUGCUGCAUAUGUCUUUCGAGUCUUCAUUCGGGUUUGCGAGCAGGCCAC